AUGGUCUGCUUUCGUGGCCCGUUUCGACUAUCCCAGAUACCCCCAUCAGCGAAAUCGUCUUCUAAGUUUUUAAACUUAAAUACUCUCGCCUGCACAGAAACGGCUCUUUUGCCGACAAUCCUAGCUCUCCGGAUCUUCAUACUCUUUCAAAGUCACCAUGAAAUCAGAGUAAUGAUAGCAAUAGAUACUCUGGUGGCGGUAGAACUCAUUUGCGGACUUUUGUCCUUGAUGCCGAUGCGAAAUUCUCUGCCAACACUUGACGUGGUCUUUAUCUCAACUUUUAUAAUCUCUAUAAUAUUGGAUAUUGCUGCUACGGCGCUCAGGUGGGGUUAUCGUCCGGUGUGCCCUCAUGGUAGCGGCUAUCUUUGCGCCUCCUCGGUAGUUUGGUAUUCAUUCUUCCAGAAGGCUGUGGCCUCGCCCUCAGACGCUGGAGAAAGUCUCCGUCCAGGGAGCAAUUUGUACGCAAUAAAAGCGAACCGGCCCCGGAAUAAGAAGGCAAAAACUUUGAACUCGGAUAGCCGGAGCAGCAACCCCAGAAUCAACAUUGUACCAAAAAUCAUCCAAUCCGAAAUUGCUGAAGACGGGGAUCUAGAGGCAUGUUAUCGGGCUCCAAGCAACUCUGCCAGUGACAUACCGCUUUCCAGAAUUACGAGUGGCGGGGACUCGGAGGUCGCAUGGCAAGAUAGAACGAUCGAGUGGUCGAACUCUGGAACCAAUUUGGAUCAUGUUGUCGACAGCGUAUACGCUGAUCUUACCGAGUGUUAA